AUGGCAACAUUUGAAAUGGAUAGCGUGGAGUGUGUAUCUUCAUCAGAUGGAAUUGAAGAUGAAGAUAUCCAGUCAUCAGUUUCUUCUCAUCAUCCUAUUCAAUACUCUUCAAAGCCUCACAAUAUACUUUUCUCUGGAAUCGGUCCCACAAGCGUCCAUGAAUUGCUUGAAUGCCCGGUUUGCACCAAUUCUAUGUACCCUCCAAUUCAUCAGUGUCACAAUGGGCACACUAUCUGCUCCAAUUGUAAGACAAAGGUGCACAACCGAUGUCCUACAUGCAGACAAGAGCUGGGAGAUAUUAGGUGCUUAGCACUAGAGAAGGUAGCUGAGUCACUCGAGCUGCCAUGCAAGCACUGUUCUUUGGGAUGCCCAGAAAUAUUUCCCUAUUACAGCAAACCUAAACACGAGGCAGUUUGCAAUUUCAGACCGUACAAUUGUCCGUAUGCUGGAUCAGAGUGCUCAGUUACUGGUGACAUUCCUUGUCUGGUUGCCCAUUUAAGAGAUGAUCACAAAGUGGACAUGCACUCAGGAUGUACAUUUAAUCACCGCUAUGUAAAGUCAAAUCCUCGUGAAGUAGAAAAUGCCACAUGGAUGUUAACAGUUUUCCAUUGCUUUGGUCAAUAUUUCUGCCUUCAUUUCGAAGCAUUCCAGCUUGGCAUGGCUCCUGUGUAUAUGGCGUUUGUCCGUUUUAUGGGUGAUGAGGUUGAGGCUCGCAACUAUAGCUACAGUUUGGAGGUCGGAGCAAAUGGCCGAAAGCUCAUAUGGGAGGGUACGCCUCGUAGCAUUCGAGAUAGCCACCGGAAGGUCAGGGACAGUCAUGAUGGUCUUAUAAUGCAAAGAAACAUGGCACUCUUUUUCUCUUGCGGGGACAGGAAGGAGCUGAAGCUUAGAGUGACUGGGAGAAUAUGGAAAGAACAACAAAAUUCUGAUGCCGGGGUAUGUAUGCCAAACCUUUGUAGCUGA